CACAUUGAGACUUUCCACUUUCAUUCGGCUCGCCAUCUGAGUGUAUCCGUCGGGCCAAACCUUUACGUACUCGGCGAAGCGAAUGAACUCAAGAAUUCAAGGCACCACGCUAUCACCAAUACAAUUUGUCCCACCUUCAGCACAAGCGGUAUUUUCUUGGAGACCUACGAAUACGCUGUACCAUUAUGACAAGACAUAUGAAUGACUCCCGAGCAGCACGUCCAAAAGGAUCACGCAUAGAUGCCGACAAGGUCAGAGAUGGACUUGCCAGGAGGUCAAAAAGCAGAUCAAGGGGAGAAACUCCAGGUGAGACUCGUGUCGAUCGACGUCGUGUGCAACUUCGAAUUGCUCAACGAACUUUUCGACAGCGUCAGGAACAGAUGAUCACUUCCUUGGAGAGUAAAAAUGCACAUUUGAAAUGUGUCAUCGAUCAACUUGAUCAAACACUUUCGAGAUUUAACGAAACUGUUUCGAGAUUAGAAGACAUCCAAGCAGACUCGGAAUUUAAAAGGGAAUUGAAGGAAGUACAGAAAACCUUCGUCUCUCUUACCAAAAGCGCCAUCGAAGAGGAGGAGAACGCCGAGGAGCCAUCUGGUAAAGGACUAGAAGUUGGAGGCGAUUUUACCGAGGAGUUCCUCGGCGGUACAUCUACACACCAAACUGCAACAUCAAUUACAACCAACGAUCCAUUUAUAGACUCGCGGCACCCAUCAGCGCUCGGUACAAUUGCUUCGCAAUCGACUUCCGGUCUUUUACCGAAUCAGAGUAGCACCACCAUGGAAACGUCCUGCCCUGUUUUGCCAUCGUCAAUAUCAGAUUCCUCCUCAGUUCCUUUUGAGGAGCCCCCAUCAACAGUUAACCAUGUAUCGGGUCAAACUGAAUUACAAGAUGACGAGGUCUCGGAGCUGCUACCAUUUGGUCUCAUCAUAUUUAUGCCAUCGAACCCUGGCCCUUACAGUGCCUGA